AUCAUCGUCCAUCGUCGUUCUUCGCAAAGCCGGAGUGUGAAGUAAAGGCACGAGGUGUGACGGAGUGUCACGCGCUGUUGGAACAAGUGGAUCUGAGCUACGGCCAAGCCGGGGGCAUCAUGGAUUACUCGUAUCUGAAUCAGGCCGCGGCCGCGGCGGCCGCCGGUUUCGAAGCGUCCAGCUGCGCCCUGGCCGCCGGCGAGAUGCAGUGCAGUUACGGCGACCUGAGCUCGUGCUCGCAGAUGAGCCAGGCGGCCUACCGCUACACCGCGGCGCGGGCCGCCGGAUAUCCGGGUAACGCGGCCGUCGCCGCCGGCGCCACGUCCGGCGGCACACCGUUGGCGGCCCAUCACACUACGCACCCCCACGCCCACGCGCACCACGGGGCCCACUCGACCCCGUGCUCCGUGAUGGCCGCCAGGUCCCAAGAAGUCCACCGCCAUGCCGCGUCCAUUUUUCCGUCAGCCAUCAAUCUUCAGAGUGGUUUGGGGUAUAAGGCUUAUUCGGGACAUGACGGUCUCGCGGAGAAGAGAAAACAACGUCGGAUACGAACAACGUUUACAUCAGCGCAGUUGAAAGAGUUGGAACGCGCGUUCCAGGAAACGCAUUAUCCGGACAUCUAUACUAGAGAAGAAAUCGCUAUGAAGAUUGAUCUGACUGAAGCUAGAGUGCAGGUGUGGUUCCAGAACCGGCGCGCAAAGUUCAGGAAGCAGGAGAGGCUGGCCCAGCAGAAGUCCACGUCGCAGAGCGGCAUCGGAGCUGACAGUGGCGCGUCCAGUCCGGUAACCGGCACCGUGAAGGCUGAAGGACGUUCACCCAGGAGUCCGGCGACGCCGCCUGGGGGCUCGAACAGUGUGCUGUCUUCGAACGAGAUCAAGCCGAUCACCAAUCAGAGCCUGUUGAACGUGAAGCACACCGUGGAUGGCGAUGGCGGCUCGCCCAAUGCCCGAGGAAGCAACAGCGGCAUCGGCAGCGGCACCUGGGGUUCUUGCAGUCCCAGGCCCUUCUCGGCGGCUCUGCCGCCCUAUCUGCUGGACCCGCUACCCCUGAAAACCGCGAACCUCUACUAAACCGUCUCUCGCCCGUCAUCAGCUACCUGACGGAGAGUGUAAAUACAGAGAACCGCCCCGCUCGCGGAGCACAGAGACGACGCGCUGUUCAGAGAGUGGUGAGCGUCCUAGCGUUUUUCCGGGAUCCCGUUUUUCCGGGACCUUGUUUUUCCAGAGCACGUUCCCCGCGCUUGUGAGCCCAUCGGCGCGUCCGGCGUCUGUUCAUCACGGACUCGUUACUCAAAGGAUUUCGGUAAAUGUGGAUGCACCCUUGAUAUUUUUGACAAAGGUACUUUUAGGCAGUCGGAAUAACGGACAGAACACAGUUCGCUUUGAGGCAACGUCUGCUGACUUCUGAUGUAUUCUUGAACUUGUGCGCACGCUAGCUGGCACGUUCAAGCGACUCGAACGUCAAUCAAGUCACUAGAAUCAAGAUAGAAAUAAUUUAGCAGAUCUUAAAUGGCACGAUGAUUCAGAUGUCAAUCAGGCAUGAUACCAUUUUCUUAAGUUUGAUAUAAUUCGAUUCAAGCUUGAAGUUUGACUAAAAUCUUGAACGGUUGCGUUACGUAGUACGUUUAUCUUGCAUUUCUGUGAUCAAUUUAUGUAUAAACGUAAGCAAUGUAGGUUUCCUUGGCAAUAUUUUUCUUAUUCUUCUGUUCCAGUGUACAAGUACCGAAGUAUUUUUAUAGAUCAUAGAUAUAUUAUGUUGUAUUAUGUAUGUGUGAAAUAUUAUUCUUGUUAACGCAGACACAUUGUAUUGCUUAGCAAAGUAUUUUCAAAGAAGUUACAACUUGGGAAACGCUGCUUUAAAGCAUCAAUACCCGACACUAGCUGAGACUACUAAUUUCAAGUGAAUGAAAGUGAUAUGAAAUGAUAUGAAUGGAAUUAAAUUCGGAUUCGCACUCCGAUUAAUAUCGGCAAUAAUAGAGUUGCAAGAGCAUUCACUUCACUCAUUUAGACGAAAGCUUUGAUGUUCCCGAGGAAUACAGCGAAACAGUAUCAAAGUCAUAUCGAUUCACUGAAUAUAUCCGAUUCGUGCAAACGUAGACAGCCUCAUAUUUUUGGAAACUCUAACUCUCUCGGUGAAAAAUAUCAAAUCUGCUUCAAAAAUAAAUAAUGAAAAUACUCUCGAAAUAACAAUGAAGGAAUCGAAUGAAAGAAAGGAAGUUUCUUUAUGAAAACUAAUUCAUAUACACAUAUAGUUUAAUUCAUAUAUUUUUAUUUAUCAUGAAUAAAUUAUUUCUCUACAAAUUUAAUGAGAUAAUAAUUUUGAAUUUAAUUGAUCCAUUUUUGCAGAUAAAUGUGAAGCUACCGUGAUCAUUAAUUCAACUGCAAAAUCAUUCAGCACAAUCUUUUGAAGUAUUCUAAAUGUUAUACUACGUUAUCGUUCCCAUAUAUUGUUUUUCAUUAUUAUUACAAUUACGAAUAAAAGGAGGAUGAGCUUUAUAUUCGAAGCGAUAACACUAACCCUCGCGGAACGUUAAAGUCUCGUUUCUAGGAUGUGCUUCUCAUCUCUAUUAUUUUCCACCGACAAUGCCGAGAUAGGAUUAAUAAGGAACGCAGCGUAGAAUAGUAUCUAUUAAAGUACUAUUAAUCUCGCUAGUAUCUUACCUUGACUUAACUUGAUACUUAGUUUGCCAGGUUUGAUUUACGUGCAGAAAGAUAUGCGCAAGUUUCGUACGAUAUUUGUUGUAUAACAAGUAGCGGAACACAUAACGACAAAUGCACAUAUUUCCACAAUAAAAUUCUUGACGCAAAUACCGAGUGUGCACCGAUCUCAUACUGCGAGCUGAUUUCAAUGACCUAUCGGACAGCUAAGCGAUUAAAUAUUAGAGCAGUGAUCAAUAAACCAAAAAAAGAUAAGAGCGAAAUAUCUUGCUGGAUGUCCAAGUAAAAGCGACUCUCGAUAUAUGAAAAAUAAUAUAUUUAUACGUUCAUAAUUUCGGCAUAUCAAGAAAGAGACAAAAUUAAUGUUAAUUCUCUAGGACUGAAAGACUUAUGUAAGAUUAGCUGAAAUAUUAGCUAAAAUGUGUGUAUAAACUGUUUGUCCAUAUUAUAAAGAUAGCUAUAUUAAUCCAAAGGAUUUCUACAAGACAAAUUGGUAGAUCAAAGCGCUAAAUUCAACUAACAAGAUUAUCGAUUCAAUGAAUUAUUAAUACUCAUUUUUAUUAUUACACUUCUUUUACGAUUCGUUGAUUAAUCUUCAAGAAUGACAAAAGCAAAUUUCGAUUGACGUGAAGAAUUAGGUGGAUGAAUACUUUAUGUAGAAAAAUUUUUAUAUCGAGGAUCGCUGGAGCACGAGAUGAUUAAUCCGCGUUAAUUCGCAGAGGGGGAGAAUUCCUCUCCUUAAGAAGUCCUUAAGAUAAAUACUCACAUACCGUCCUGUAUGUCUCGUACCAAGAAGAGCGAAGGUACCUGUCUUAUCACAAUAUAUACGAUGGACAAUUUCGACGACGGUUAACUCGUUCGUCAUGCGCCGAUUACGAGCGCACUUUAUUCUGCGUAUGUAUAGUUUAUCGAUUACGACUGAAUCUAUUUUAUAGUGAGAUGUAUAAAUGUACAUUAGUUAAGGCGAAGGUAUGUAUAGUUCACCCGAAAGUAUUUUUUCUUUCUCUCUCUCACGAGUCUCGUCAAAUUCGCCGUAAUCUUUAGAGGACCAACGAUCGAAUAUGUGUGUCGUAGCCGUUAUUAUAUAUUAAUGUUAUUAUUGGUGAUUUUACGUUUUGCUAGACUAAACGUACUUGAAAUCAUCAUUCUCCUUGCAGUCCCUUUAUAAAAAAUGCUUGUUAAGUUCCAAUACAAUAAGGUAUCAAAACGAGAUUAUUUAGAACAUUAAAAAGAGAAGAAAUCGAUGUGUCUAAUGUUUAACAAAUAAAAAUUUAUUCAUUGAAUUGCGACGGAAAAUCUGAAAAACGCGUAUCGCGAUAUGAUAUUCCGCGGAGGAAUAAGGGCGUUUGUCCUCUGAAAGUUAACGGCAAUAGCGUGCGGUAAUUUCUAUCGUAUCCUGAGGCGAUUCAUAUCCCAGUUCGAUAACGAAUGUGAUUUUUUAACGAGACACUUUUACAAUACUGCGUAUUACUGUGGCGUGUAGCGAGCCGCACCACUCGCUCUCGUCUCCGCGAAGGACGGAUUAUCGAUUACGCUGACGGCGACGAAAGGGGAAAGGCUCGUCUCCCCGUAAGCCAGGAAGCGUUCGUGAAACUCUGAACAGCUUCGUUGCUCCCGCCAUUAUUGUUAAGAUUAACGAAUGGUAAUUAUCGAUAUGUGUGAACCGGAACUUGUACAGUUGUUGCUAUAAAUAUAUGAAAUUAGUGUUUUACACCAUACUCAUACUCAAUCUCUCCAUUAAUUGUUACUAGCCGGAUCUGCUCAUGGCGAUUUCCAUCAAAUUGUUUUCUUUGAGAUGCUAUUAUUCGUCCUGAACGACAAUAACAGUCAAUGUUACAUAGCCAAUUAUUAAUCUAUCAUUUAUGUUUGAGAUAUUUCGAUUUAUGUUUAAAUAUUGCGUUCCGUUAUUUUCUAUUAAUAAAUUUAAUAAAAGUAAAGGGUUUUUUAAUAUUUGAUGCCAUCCAUAUUAUUAUUGCGAGAUGUAAUAUGUUACAAAAGGCAUGAUAAAAUGCACGUAUAUUAAAACAACGAAUAUCGUGAAUUGAUUAGUUAUAUGUUUGUUUUUUCGGGUAAAGAAAAUUGUCCAGACUUUCAAGUACACAUUUAUUGAAAAUUAUAAUUAUUAAAUUAGUUUCUCGUCUUAGUCGUCGAUUACAUCGUUGCUGCUGGUCGUAGCCCGGUUUUAAAAAUUUUUAUUCACAUUCAUCCAUUUAUAUCCGCGGAUAUCCGCUGCAAUCGAUGUCAGGUGAUGAAUUAUUACGCUGUAAGUAUCAAAACCUCUUUAUUCGAAAGUUAAA